UGCUCUUGAGCCAUGAACGCUGUAUAACAGUAUCAGUUAGUGAGACGGAAGACGUAGCUGCAGAUGGAGCGCGCUCAGAGUAGCCCAAACAGUUAAAAAGUGUUGCGUUAUCUGAAACUUAAACAAUUACAGAAAGGCACUGAACAAGGAACUAAAAGAGCACAGAACUUUUACACACCCACCCAAAUUGGAUACCACUUUGACUGGACGGCGAGGGACAGUAUUUUGAUGACCGUGAAAGUGUCCAUCGUGCCAGAGAGAGCCAGUGAGUGACCUUACACAGAGCCUUAACUCUGAGCCUCUAAACACAGUUGCAUAAGAUAUUUUUUUCAUUCAUUAUUACAUAUGUUUUUUCAUAGAUUACUUAAAUGUAAAUUAACAGAAUGUGUUGGUAAGUGUAAAAUAGGAGUGAUAUGUAUUGUUUAUGUCAGCAGCAACGCAGGUUUCAAUGGACAGAUGGAAGGCAGCCAUCAUCUGCACUGGUGUGGAAAUGUGUCUUACAAGGUCUCAGGAAGUUCCUGCUGUAAUGGUAAUAUAACUCUGGGAUUAAGCCAGCUGGUGGCUGACUGCUGUGGUUCUGUAGCUUACAAUCCACUUAAUGAGAUUUGCUGUAAUGGCAGUAUUCUGACUCGAAGCAGCACUUACGCGAAAUGCUGUGGCAAAGACAUGUACUUGACAACGACUCAUGUGUGUUGUGGUAAAAACAACAUAUUUCAAUGGAAGGAAAAUCAUUCUUGUUGUGGCGAGAAAACAUAUGACGAGACAAUCCACUGCUGCUGUAGUAACCCUACACCAGUAGUAAAGCAUAAAAAUGAAACUUGCUGUCUAAAAGCAAAAGAUCAUGAUAAAAAAACAGAACACCAGCCAGGCUCUCCUCCAACUCGCCCUCUGCCCAUAUUAUCAGACUUGAUUUGUGGAUCAGAAACCUACAAUCCCCAUAAACAAAUGUGUUGCUCAGGGAAUCUGUAUAAGGCAUCAGCACUUACUAAGUGCUGUGGCGGAGAUGCUUACACUCUGUCAGAUGACAAUGUGCUGUGCUGUAAUGGAAUCCUUCAUCUCAAUGUGCCUGAGCAGUCCGAGUGUGUUGGAGGUGUUAUAUAUACUCCAGCAAACACUACUUGCCAAAUGUCGACCCGUCCUCGUCUUGGAGAGCACUGCUGUGGAGGACAAACCUUCAAUCCUCGCACGCAUAUUUGCUGUAAUGGUCACAGCCACAACAAGAUGAAUGGCCAUUUCUGCUGUGGUUCAGAAGUCUAUGACCACCACAACCAGUUCUUGAAAUGCUGCUCAGGUCAUCUCUACAACCUAACCCAUUUAAGUGGAAAAGCAGAGUGCUGUGGAAACCUAUUGCUGCAAAAUAAUAAAAAAAUUUGCUGUUCCUCCUCAACCAAUUCCAUAAUGUAUGAGACCAAACCAAACCACCAUUGCUGUGGGCAUUACUACUACAACACGUCCUUGUGGAGCUGCUGUGCUGAACGUCUCAAACCAACACCAAAGCCUAACAGCCUUCGUGCAGAAUACAGACUUAAACCACUAAGGGACCUGAUCCCUGAAAUGUGCAAUAAAACAGUGUUCUUUGGCAAAGUGGAGAGUGUGGCACUUGAAAAUGAUAUGCGUCAUGUGUUGUUGAAAGUUGUGUGGCAAGUCAACAUGAAAUCAGAAAAGGUCAUCAAAGACCCUUGGCUUCAUGUGUCCCUGGAUCACUGCAGCUUUCCUGCCACAGACAAUGGCAAAACCUACCUUUGGGAGAAAAACCACAAUGGGAAGCCCGUGCUUCUCUCUCAACCUGUUGACCUAACAGCUGACAUUUACAUGUUAUAUUAUGUAUGUUACCAAAAGAAGGGAUAGAAAUAUGGAUUGAGGUCUAUUUCCCAUCAUUUCAAAGCAUGCAGAUUGUCAUAAGAUUUCUGAUCAUUUUUAUCCAUCAUUAAUGAUAAAUUACAAUAGAGACAAGUCUCUGUUACUAUACACAGCAUUACGGGAUCACAUGUUGUGCAUCUGUGCUUUUUACCUUAUUGGAUAUUUUUAUUUCAUCUCAAUAAUGGAUUGAUCCUGUUGGGAGUGAUGCAUUACUCUCAUUUAUUCAAUGAGGUAAUUUUAAGCUUUGUUAAUGUGAAAAAUGGAAAUAGAAUAAAAAAGAAAACAUUCUUUUUUUAAAAUUGAGUUCGCUUAAAGAGUUCUUUUUUAUCUAAAAUGCUAGGCAGUGUUUAUUUUAUAUAUUUUAAGUUGCACUGCAUGACAUGCAUGAAAAGAAGCAUGCUUUUGUAAUUGUACUGUAUUUUAUCAGUCUCGGGUCUAUUCCAAUUCUGUUCAGUUUUUAACAAUUUGACGGGUUCAGGGGCCUUCAUGUACUAAGUUCAGUGGUGCUAUAUAUAUAUAUAGACAAUCAAAAAUCACUGUGUUAUCUAUCUAAUACAUGUAGUGACUUGGUAGUUUUCAACUUCUCCAAACUCCUAUAUACGGUUCAAUUUCUAUGUCUCAGCUAUAUGCAACUGUGAAUACACCUUUCAGGUUAAAUGUUGUGUGAAAAUUUACUCAUUCAAGCUGUAUUAUGGUAUUGCAGAAUUAUUAUUAUUAUUUUUUUUUUAAAUAAAAAAAGUUAAGAAGCACAA